GGAGUCGAGCGUCCCUGUCGGCCGCCUGCUCAUGAUGCCCUCUUAAGAGUAGGUGAGUAGGCCGGAGAGACUCCGAAGUGUGCCUGGAAGAGGAGAUCUUGGGCGUCCCGGCAGAGUUGGUCCGGGCCGGGAGAAGCGCUAUUUGUUUCGUCGCCUGUCUCCCGGGGCUGGUGGGAGGCUGCGAUGAAUGGUUUCAGCACCGAGGAAGACAGCCGGGAUGGGCCUCCCACCACCCCUUUUUACGGACAGAGCUGCUGUCUCAUUGACGAUGGGGACCGCUGUGUCCGCCCGGCUGGCAAUGCCUCCUUCAGCAAGAGGAUCCAGAAGAGCAUCUCCCAGAAGAAGCUGAAAUUGGACAUUGACAAAAGCGUGAGACAUCUAUAUAUAUGUGAUUUUCACAAGAACUUCAUUCAGAGUGUUCGAAACAAAAGGAAGAGAAAGACCAGUGAUGAUGGUGGAGAUUCCCCGGAACAUGAGAUAGAUGUCCCAGAGGUUGACUUGUUUCAACUUCAGGUAAACACACUACGCCGUUAUAAAAGGCAUUACAAGUUGCAAACAAGACCUGGCCUCAAUAAAGCUCAACUAGCAGAAACUGUCAGUCGACACUUCAGGAACAUCCCAGUGAAUGAGAAGGAGACACUUGCUUAUUUCAUUUAUAUGGUGAAGAGUAACAAGAGCAGGUUGGAUCAGAAGUCAGAAACUGGCAAACUAGAAUGAAGGUUAGGCAGGCUUUGGACACUGUGAUAUUUUAAAAAAUCAGGUGUGUUAUGAAGAACUGUUAAACACUUCUGUAAAGUGUAUACUUGAGAAUAUAGAAUACUUCACUCCAGGAUGUGUUUGAUGACUUCUACUAUUUCAUCUAACUUAACAGUAUCACUGGGAAACUCCAAUAAGUCAGUCAGUGAUUGCCCAGAGGACUGAAAUCUAUAUUUGAGUAUAAUACAAGCCCCACAUGGGACAAGAUUACCAUUUAUGGAUUAGACUGUAUCACCCGUAUAUACUGGUACAGGUUAGGUAUACAACACUGGGAUUCCUACACAAAAUCUGGUCUGGCUUCUAUUUCUGAGUGUGCUUACCACAUACACACUUUUUUGGUUGCAGUCUAUCUGCAUCUAUGAAAACAAGGGAAACCCACAAGUCUCCCAGUUUUUGUGUGUAUGUGGGUCAUAGUUUAGGAAUGCUAUAACAGCCUGACUUGCUUAUUUGCUGAACUGUUGGAAACAUUGUACUGAAUUCACAAAAGUUAUUAAAUAUUUCAGGUUUUUCCACAUUUUCUUAAUGUAUGCCGUUUAACAGAGAGAUAGUAACAUUUAGAUUUUUACGUACUGUUCUUUUUAGCGUUCAGUGUGUACAUUACUAUAAUGCUAAAAGUUACUUCUCUUCAGUUGGUGUGGGCUCUCAGUAAGUACAUGAAACACCAGAUCUUAGGUUCAGAAUAGUUAUUGUUUCUAAGCCAUUUGAAUUGCAGUUUGUCUAGUUCUUACAAGACGUAUAUUCACUGUGCAGGCCUAAGCCUAUGGCAUUAAUGGCCCAUUUGAUGCUUGAGUCUAUAAUUGAAAUAGGAAUAGUAGCAUUUAUUCCAGUAGACCAAUAUUGGCUGUUUUUCACAAUUGCAUCUGCCCUGAUAUUUGGCAGUGAGAACUGGUGACAAACCAUUUGUUUUUCUUAGCUGCACUUUCUGAAGUUUGCAGCAAUAAUCUAACGAUCAUUACUAUUGUGAUACAAUUUCCAUACUGUUCCUCACUCUGUUAUAUCUUAAAGUUCCAUGUAGCUUAAAAUGUUAAUCUGUAAAACAGACCUGCAAAGCAAACAUAGCCCCCAGUCAUGUAUUUUGACCAGGUAUUUGAUAAUAUCUUCACUUCUUUUCUAAUCACAAAAAGGCAGGAAAAGUCACCGAUAACAGACUACUGUACAUGACUGCUGAACUGCCAUGUGGUCUAUAGACACCUAACUAAAAUAAGCCUUUCCCAAAGAACAGGUUGUAACCUUCUUCUGGUCACUUUGUAUUUUAUUCACCAUGAACUUUGAAAGUGUUAACAUCAUCUCUCCUUUACUGCUGUAGUCCUGGAAAUAAACUCCACUGAGAACAAUUGGCUUUUAUGUUGCAUAAAAUGAACUGCUUCAAAAAUAAUUAAGUUUACUGUGAAGGAUGGGCAAGCUCUCAAGCAUUCAGGUAGCACUCUGAUCAUGGGGUUUAAUUUUUUAAAAAAUAAAUUUGCUUUGGAUAAUUAUUACCUUUUGAAAGAUGCUCCUUCAUUCAGUACAUCUGGUUUUGCCAGUAUUUAGAAAUAUAGCAAUGUCUGCUUAAUUUUUUAGUUCUGGCAAUGUAUGAGAAAAAACAGCAUUCAUUCCUUUUACAGAGUUAAUGUACAGCUGUUUGUGUUUAUUUCUACUGAAAAUAGAUGUUCAAGAAACAGUAUGUUACCAAUGUACCUAAUCACUGAAAUAUCCCUAUUAAUUGGAUUUUUUUCACUUAGCAUCAUUGCAUAUGUAUGCUUAAAAUUCUUUUGCAUAUAUAAGUACCAGUGCUUAAGUACUGAUUGGUGCUUGGUGAUUUAAAGCUGAUUUAAAGUAUUGAUGCUUGGUGAUUUAAAGCUGACCUCACAGUGUUGCUUCUCCAUUCAUGGAAAAAGCGAAGUCAAGCCAGCCACCAUCUUCUACCAUUCAAGCCUUGAGUUUGUUUCUCAAGCUCUUUGAACUUUUGUGAAUUCAGAAUAUCUGUGUGUGCAGUUUGACUAUAGCAUGAGUCUCUUCUGGAAGACAAGAAACAUGUACAUCUUUCCUAGACCAAAAAUAAAAUCCAUAGUGUUGGCCUGCUUGUAAAGCAGCAUGUGCAGCACUGUUUCAGCCAGCAGCAGAGUGGUCUGCAGGACAUGUGAUAGCAGGUGCUUGCCUGUUCAGCAGCUGUUUUGCUUGAUUUGAUCUCAAGAUGAUUGUUCCCCAAAGAAAUCAAAUGAAGUAAAAUCUGCCUGUUUUAUGAUAUGCUUCCAAUGAUUAUCAGACUGAGGGAUCUCAUCAUAGAAUCUGAGGAAUUACUGAUGUCAUAACUCUCGACUCCUGUUGUCCUUGGGACAUCUAUACAUGCCUUACUCUCAGCUUCACCAACGAGCGUUAAGCAAAUGUCGUGGUGGAUAGGACAGGCCACUUCCAUGGCUUCUGAUCCUGAUAACAGCAAUACCUAUAUUCAGGGAGAAGCCUGUUGUUCUUGAACAUCUAGUGUUGUAUCUUUGAAAACACCACGAUGCAGUUGUUUAAUAUAAUGGCAGAUUAUGCUGCAUGCCAUUUAAGGAAACUUUCCAAUUCCUUAUGGUUUUAAUAAAACCUUCAUCAGCAUUUUUGAGCUUCAAAGGGUAUGAAUCCUUAAGCAAUGGCUAAAAUAAAUACAAUAUGUAAGAACAGAGUCACAUUGACAUGUUCAUUCAUACAAACUGGUGGGUUACAUUUAAUCUUAUAUCAUGUAUGGAUUUCACAUGGAGCUAUUCAGCAAUGAACUUUGGCUUGAGAGUGGCUUUCCACAUUUAGAGAUGAGGAGUGGAAGAUGAUAUUGCCAGCCAGUUUUCUUAUUUGAAUGCAACUUGCUCCAAAGUAAAAGGACUGUUCAAAGCCUUCAAACCCACAUAAGAACCCACUUAAAGCUAGAAGAAGGGCCAUCGUUAUUCUUAAUGGGCUUUGCAUCAGAGCUGAAGACCUUAAUGUGGCACAUCUUCUAUAAUGAGGUUAACUUCAUCAAAGAUGGUGAUCCUCGGUGCAUUAUUUGUUAUUGUUAUUGUUGUAGUUCUACUAGUGCACGAAUUUUUGUUCAUCCCUGGAGUUGAAUGAAGGAGAGAGAAAAGGGAAGGGAAUGUGCAAUGGCAAUUGUAGUACUGGAAUUAGAUAAAUACAGAGUGCAAUUUAUAGCAAUCAGACCCUUAUUGGAGAGCUUUUCAUCUGGCUGAUUCAGCUUCCAAGACUGUUUCUGCAGUGUGUAAAUAUUGCAAAAGAGACUCCUGUGUUAAAGUUCAGAUUUUGUCUUGCAAGAGGCUUCAUGAAUUAUGAUUCAGAAAAGCAGCCUUGCCAUUGAUCUUAUAAAAUUCCUAGUUCAAAAGACUAAAUCAAACAAAUGAUAUGGUCUGCCACCUGAAACAUUUGUCAAUAAAAAACUUCCUGCAUAGGCCAGCAAAUAAAUAAAUAAAAUUAAGCCAAAGUAGCCCGUGGCUAGAGUAUUUUUACACUUCAAAAGUAGAGUAAAAAUAGCCAUGAUGUAUCCCAGAAAUGUUGAUGAUUUGUCUGAAAAAAUCUUACUAGACAGUAUUCUAAAUUUUAGAUAAAUGCAAUAUUGUGGUAAGGAGAAGGGUGGGAGGGAAAUUGGGAGCCUUGCACUUUAUCAUGUGUUGAUAGAUCCUAAUGUAAAUGUAAGUAAGAUGGGAACCCUUGACGUGUAAUUGGAAGUGAUAGGAAAAAAAUGCUUAGAUAAAGACAUUUGUCUAAAUCGCAAACUAUCAUGUGCAAGUACAUGAGUGGUGCUUCACCCUGUGUGCUGAGAUGAGAGACUGAUGAAUCUUCAAGCCAACUAUCUCAAAAUGAACAUUUCAAUCCCCGCAGAAUUGAUUAAAGGGCCUAUUUUGACAAAGCAGCUUAUUAUUUCUCCUACACAUGUUGUCUCACACUGUCUGCUAUGAUGCUAAAUGUUUUGAAUUUUUUUUUCUGUAGAUGUCAAAAAGAUGCAAGGUCAUUCUUUCUCUUCUAUAGCAUUUAUCCAUACUCAACAAUUUAUUAAUUGUGUUUUUAAUUUUUAAUGUGGAAGGGAAGGGGUUUAUGCCUUAACUCAGAAUUUCAGUGAAAUCACAUUGUGAAAUGUUUAGCAAUAGCUUUUUCUGCACAUUGUGUUUUUUUAAAAAAAAAAACCUUUCCAAGAUUUAUGCUUGUGACCUUUGCCUUUUUAUUGCAUUGCCUUCAUCCCUUUUGACAUGUCCUGCUGCACAGUUGGGAAGACACCUAAGCAUAUUGGCAAAAUUUAUUUUUAAAAGCCCCUUUGAAUUAUAAUGGACUUACUGGAACAAAGCAACUUCCCUUCCUCUUCAUUCUGGUGGGCCUUCAUGUGUUGUGCUGAAACCUAUGCCAAAUGUUUUGGGUAAACUUGUAUUUUUAAUUGUGAAAUAUAACUGUGUACUCUUAAAGCAAUCUAGUAACUUAUAGUGAAUCUGUAGAAUUAUUUUCUCCAAGCUGUAUAGUACACCCUACUUCCACUGUGUAUGAAAUUUUAACUCUGUACUGUUCGAUAAAGAUAUAAAUGCCUAAGAUGCAUUUUUAAUAAAUCAUCAGUUGAACAAUAA